UGUGAUAAUUGCCAAUUCAGCCGCUUCGUGUUUGAUUGAUAACCAAAUAUUUUGCGAAAAGUAAUAAAAUAUUCGCCUUGCUAUGACAAUUCUAAUUUGCAUAAGUGACUUUGCCAAACAUCAAGAAUUCUUAGAGAUUGAUAACAACAAUAACAUAAUAACAGUGCCAAGAAAAUCACUGUGGAGGCGUGUGAAAUCGUUGCGUGCAUCUAACCAAUCCAAUGGUGGUGAUUAUGCACAGAUAGAUAACAGUGCACGUACAUUGCGACGUUUAUCGAUAGAAAUUGAUGGCAUCAACGCCUUCUACCUCGUGCGUGAACUACACUUGUUUACCCAAUUUCGUAUGCAGCUUAGCACGAAUCCUGCAUUACGUGACGCUGAUAUACUUUGGCUGCAACUCCGACCUCCAAAAAAGGAAGUUAUCGACUACAAAUGGAAUCGUAUUCUGUCCCAUACAUUAUGGGAGCGCAUUGAGGUGGAGUAUCUAAUGUCAUGGCUAUCUACACUGGGUGGCGGUUACUCCGCUCUUGGCGAACAAUUUACCAGAUGUGCGGAGGUUGCUGGUAAAAUAUCUUUACGACAACUACAUAUUGGUCUACGAGUAGGUGAUCCAUUCCUUCAGGCACGGUGCAAAUUGUAUUACAGUAUCUCACUGAUACAAACCGGUCGUCUAAGACAAGCUAAAUAUAUUAUACGUGAACAAUAUAAAUUCGCUAAAAAGCAGAAGGAAGUGGAUGGACGCUUGGUAAAAAUGUGCCAAGGUAUUUGGUUGCGUCUGCAGUACGAGUAUGGAAUGCGCUUAAAAAGCAUAAAGCAUUCGCCAGUCUCCUACAUUAGUUCAGGGGAUAAGUGAUAUUACCAUCGAGCGUUUAUGAUUUUUGAUUUUGGUUAUGCCUAUGAAAAGGUAUUUUACUAACACAAUGUAAUCUGCUUGAGUUUUGUAAAUGGGUUUAAAGUUCAGUAAUUGUAUUAAAUAUUACACCAAUUUAAAUACAUAUGUAUAUAUGUGCAUCCA